AUGUGUAACAGCAGCUUAAUCCAGCAGAAUCUUUCCUCCAAUGAGACAAUGCAGGACACCUCUGAGAGGCUCCACACCAUUCUCAUAGCCCUGUACAUCAUUGACCUGGCUGGCGGCACCCUCGGGGCCAUCAUGAUGGCCCAUCAGCUGUUUCAAAGGAGAUCACAAUCUACGAUGACCAUUAUCAUCAGCAGCCUCCUGGUGCUGCACAUCUUGAUGCUCCUCAGCAUUCCCUUUCGCCUCAGCUAUUACAUUUCAAGGGAAUGGAAAUUCGGGUGGCUUGCCUGCCAGCUGACCAGCGCCAUCAUCUACAUCCACAUGUACACCACCUUCACCUUUUAUGUGGCUAUCAUCACCAUCCGCCUCUUCCGACUCGAGUUUAAGAGAUGCUGCACUGCAGCCUGGGUGGCUGCUGUCUGGCUGCUGGCAGCACUGGUGAUCACACCUGUCCUUCUCUCCUACUAUGGCACCUCCAACUCAUACCGUUCCUCUGAAUGCUUUCAGUUCCACAAGGAGAUGGAAAAGGUGGCCAUGGUGAUCAUCAACUACUGCUUGAUUGGCAUUUUGGUGUCAGUUUGUGCUGGGCUCACUGUAAUCCAGUUGUCUGUGAUCUACAGACUGGCUGUGAAAUACUGGCCUGACAUCAAUUCCCACGCAGAGUUCAGGGCUCAGGCAAAGAGCUUCUUCUUCAUCUUAGUAACACUGGUGUGCUUCAUUCCUCAUCAUGUGUUCAGAGUGUACUACAUCCAAAACCUCCACCUUGAUAAAGACCGUAAACUACUACCAUACAAUGAGUUUUUCCUAGCCUUAACAACAAUGUGCUGCUUGGACAUGUUGUGCUUCCUAGCAGGAAUAGCCCGCUGA